AUGGCUCAGACAGCUUCGGCAAGCAAUCCUGCGCUAUGCAAACGAACCAGGAAGCGAGAAAUGGAUCGGAUCUGCCAACAGCGUAAACGGAAGAGAGAUCGGGAAAACCUGCGGAAUCUGGAGCAGCGUCUGCAGAUUUUGCAAGACGAAAAACCGGAUUCCCUCCUUGCUCAGCUGAUAAAGGAUCGAGAUGACAAUGAAGCAAGAAAUAACAGGCAUCGGACACGAAUGCUGCAAAUUCAGGGACUACUCCGAGCAGACCUCACAGAUCUAGGCCAUUCUGAAACAACGACAUCCCCUGAUUACGAUGGCCAUACCCUCCAGACGCAGCUUAAUAUCGAAAGCGAUUCUUCGUCGGCUAGUGAGCCAGCGCCUUUGGACCAGACGCUGGUGAAUGGCUACGGCGAGACGAGUCCCUUGGGGGUGCUUGAUGAUCUCUACGCCAUACAGGCCUUCGAAAUCGAUAGCUUUGGCGCCCAAGGCCCAGAACCGAACAACGUGUCGUUGGCUCAACAUACCAUUUCAGGCGGACCUGAACCAGUCAAUGAUACAGCUGUAGUGUCGGGGGCGUUUCCAAUUGCCCACAACAGCGCCGGUCGCCAAAGGAAAACAUGGGAAGAAGUCGAGCAGCUUAUUGCCCAGGCGAAAUCGCAGCUGUCUGGUCCAAGCACAGCCACUCUGGAGCUAGAUAUGCACAUUAUCAUCAACGCUGUCUCCAGAGGCUGGUCUCAGUUUUCUCAAAUCGUCAGGGUUGAUACCCGAUGGAGCUGUCUUCGAGAGCUCGACGAAAAGUACUUCCGCAGGGGCUACGGACCCGUCGAACGCCUGGCUGUAUUGACUAUUGCCAGUCAACUCAUAGGAGGAGAUAUGACUACCAACUCUGUGGGAUCAAAGCUGUUCCCUCCUUUCAUGAAGCCUAGGCCAUCACAGCUCACAAUUCCCCAUUCGGUCAUUGCCGACUUUUAUGUUUGGCCUGGCUUUCGCGAACGCCUCACUGUCUGUCAGCAUUACUAUAGUGACACAUUUCUACGAAUAAUGCACACGAUGUUCCGCUUCAUGUGGCCGUACGAUCUAAAGGCAGCGUCCCUCAUUAGCCCACAGACUGGGCUAUCUCACUUCACUCCGCGAUUUCUCGAACAUUUGAAGGACAUACAGUGUUGGACUAUGAACUCCGAUUUUCUGGCCGCGUACCCUGAUUUUCGAGGAGAAGUUCCAGUCUGGAACUCGGGUCCCGCCGGUCUGUUAACUACCGGAGUUACCUAUUCCGACUGGUAUCAAUUUGAGGACCGCAUCGAAGAGGAAUCUGCUCGGACCAAUCUUCACCCAAUCGUUGCACUGGGUUUCUGA